AUGGAAACGCUUUUCAAGUCUAUACGUGACAGAGUGCAACAGCGCAACAUCAAGGUACUCGCAAAGAAGUGUGAUCAAACUCCCUCAACCCUUCCUACAACAUUUCAGAAUCCUGCCAUUGCCUCUCUCAUUCUCAAAGCAACAAGUAAACAUAUUGAUAUGCCCGCUCUUGUAAUCCAGUGGAAUCCCGCUGGUUUUAACAACGAUCCUGCCUCUCCUAACAACCGAAAUGGAGUCGUCGGGCAAAACCAAGACGCUGUAAUAAACUCCUUGCAAAUGGCAGGAGCGAUCAAUUAUGGCAACACCAUUUUCAUGUUUAGAGAUAGUAUGCAGGAUUCUGUAACUUCAUCUAAUCCCUUUUUAUUUGCUAAAGGGUCCGUCAUCAACCUGGAAUUCCUGAUGUCGCUGUAG